UGGUUGAGAUUGAUGAUAUCGAUGGUCCUAUUCAUAUUGAAAUUAACAAUUGAGAUUGAUGAUAUCGAUGGUCCUAUUCAUAUUGAAAUUAACAAUCCAAAACUCAAGCGCUUGUGUAUCUAUGGAAGUUUCAUCACCAUAUACCUCAAAGAUUUGAAACUUUUAGUUUAUGCAAGGAUUUCAAUGGACUUUCGUCCUAACGUUUCGAGAACCUGCAAUUUUAGCAAUUUUUUUGGCGCUCUACGCUCAAUUCAGGAGCUUUCCUUGGAACACAGGUUUCUACAGCUCUCUAAUGUUGCGGAAUCUGCUAUUGUUCCUGUUAUUGAUCUGCAACAAGCAAAGGAUCAGUUGGACUCUACAUUCAACAAGCUUCAGGUUGUUGGUAUUUUUGGAUUCCAUUGCAAGGAAAUUGAAUUGGUGCUCAUUGAAUUUAUCCUUGCCAAUUCCUCAGUGCUUGAGACAAUGAAUAUCAGCCAUGAAAUAAAUGACACUAAUAAAGAAUUGACUUGGUUAAAAGAGUUGCUUCGACUCAAAAGAGCUUCAACACAAGCGGAAAUUGUAUUGAAAUUUGACAGAAGUUUACCAAGUUGAACACUUGAGCUCCAUUUAGGCCCCCCUUCCCCUUUUUCAAGUGUCUUAGCAUUAGUUGUGUUUUGAGGUCAUGUGAAUAUGUUUAAGAGCAUUAAUGUAGCCAAUUGAAACCAAUGACAAGGCUUUGUUUUCAUUGUUUUGUGGGAUCCUAAUGAUUUGGCAAUGACAACAAUCAUCUUUCUCCCCCUUC